AUGGCAACGGUAGCUCGGCAAGUCACCCAACAGCCCAGUCAGUGGUCGGAGCUUCCGGUAGAUUUGGUUCUUAUGAUCGGUGAAAGGUUAAGUCUAUAUGCGGAUUAUGUUCGAUUUCGCUCAGUGUGCGGCUCAUGGUACUCUGCUCUUCCAAAAACUUUGCGUCCCCACCACCAACAUGAUGAUCAAUAUUUCCCCUUCUUGUUGCUACCUGCUUGUGAGGAUGAUGAUGAUAAUGAUGAUGACAGUAGUAGUUGUAGUGUUGGAUUGUUGAGUAUAGCCGAGAAUAGUAAGAUUUAUCACCUUCGUGGUCUUCCCAUCAAGGAGUUUAGAACCAUGCACUAUGUGGGAUCCUCUCAUGGGUGGGUGGUUACAGUAGAUGAGGCUACUCCUUCCAUGUAUCUCAUCGAUCCCUUCAGCAGGACCCAACUCUCACUUCCACCCAUCUCCACGUUCCGUCAACAGUGUUGGUACGGCAAAAUUUAUAAAGAAUGCAGCAUCCGUGGUGUUUGUAAAUUGGGCGAGUCAUCAUGUGUGCAAAAGGUUGUCUUAUCAUCAAAUCCUUCUUCUUUGUCCUACUCCUCCUCCUCAUCAUCAUCAUCCCUAUACGUUGCGGCCAUAGCCAUCUGUGGUAUGUAUUCAGUAUUGGCCUUCUCUAGACCUGAAGACAAGGCUUGGAGUAGUUUUCUCGCCGACAAUGAUAAUGGGGAGCGAUAUACGGAGGUCUUAUUCUACAAGGACAUUCUCCAUGUCGUCACACGGACCCACUACAGCCAUUAUAUCGAACGCUAUCACAUAGACGUGGACAUUGGUGGUCGUGUUGUUCCAAAGGACGUAGAACGCAUAAGACUACCCAAGGGAUAUAAUAUUAGAUGGAAGAGUUACCUGGUGGAGUCACGUGGGAACUUGCUGAUGGUUGCAAGGGAAGUAAAAAAAAUUGCUUUAUCAAACCCAAUUCUCGGUCCGUAUGGCAAAAGAUUUUUCGAGGAGAAAACAAUUGGGUUCAGGGUCUUUAAGCUGUGUCCACCGGGAAUAAAUAAUGGUACUGAUGAUGAAGGUGGUUAUGAUGGUGAUGAGUAUCAUGAUGAUGAGAGGAGGAAGAAGUCUUCAAAGUGGGUGCAAAUAAAGAACUUGGGUGACAUAGUAUUGUUUUUGGGAGUGAACUCCUCCAUGUCCCUUUCAUGUCAUGAUUUCCCUCCUGGAUAUGCUAUUAGCAGAGGGAAUUGCAUCUACUUUACACAUCAUAAUCAGGUCAAGGGUCGUUACCACGUGAAUCUGGGUUGGGGUUAUGAUAUAGAUGCAUUCGGAGAUAUGGGUGUAUUCUAUUUGAAAGAUGGAAGUAUCGAGCCAAUAUUGCCAUUGCAAGGUUGCCCAAGCAUACGACACCCACUGCGAAGAUUUUUCCCACCACAACCUAUUUGGCUUAGUACUCCCACUUAA